AUGCGGAAUGUGGAUGAAGCGCCGUAUAAGGGUGCUAUUGCGGCGGGUGCCGACAUGGUGAUGGCGUCUUGGGCGCUUUACCCAGAUCUUGAAGCGAAGUUGCCGGCGGGGUUGAGCGUGCCGUCGGUUCAGGAGGAGCUGAGGCAAAGGCUUGGGUUUAAGGGGGUGACGAUCACGGAUGCGAUUGAAGCGGGGAGCUUGAAGGCGUUUGGGAAUGAUGCGGAGCGUGGGGUGCUGGCGGCUGUGGCGGGGAUGGAUAUUAUUCUUGCGUCCGGGAGGAAUGCAACGCAGGGCGAGGGCGAUUGUGAAUGCGCUUGUUGCAGCGUUGGCGAAUGGGAAGCUGUCUCAUUAUUUUAG